AUGGACGGCCUCGACUACCCCGACUCGGCCGUCAUGGAUACCGACUCACCGCGGCAGGCGGGAUCCAGAACGGGCGCCGACGGCGGCAGCACCACCAGCAGUAGCAGGCGCUCCCCCAUGACCAAGACGCGGUCCCUGUCCGACGGCGGCGGCACGCCCUCGAAGCUUUCCCCGUCGCCGCACAUCGUCGAGGCCGCGCGCCGCACCUCCAAGGACGACAGCGGCCUGCACCUCCGCGAUCCCCAGACCCAGCAUCCCCAGCCGCCCGUCACGCCGCGACGCGACCCCAGGGGCAGGGGCCACCAUCACGGCCUCUCGCUGCAGAUGCAGUCGACGCACGCGCCUCGCCAGUUCACGCCGCCCCCGGCCGCCUCCAACCCGUACGUCAAGCCGCCGCCGCUAUCCCCCAAGCUCGACCACUCCCAGAUCUUUGCCUCCCCGACCAACAUCCUGCCGCGCCGCUCCCGCGGCCUCGACUUUUCCCGUGCCGCUACCAGUCUCCACCAUUCGACCCUCGCCGAGCAGUCGUCGCCCGACUCGUCGCCGACCACGGCAGACCGCGCCGUCAACAUCCCCGGCCGCCGGGACUACGGCGCCCACGGGCCCGAGCAGACGUCCACCUCGCUGUGGUCCGUCAUGGGCGACCGGGAGAAGAUGAAUAUGAGCAGCUCCCUCGGCAGCAACCACGCGCUCUCCCACUCCCACUCCCACUCCCAUGGCCACACCCACGCCGUCGCCGUCGCCUCCGACUCGUCCACCACCUCGGACGAUGAUCUCAUGGACGAAGACACGGACGAGGCCUACGUCACUACGCCCCUCGUCAAGUCGUCCGCCACCAUGGGACAGGGGCCUCCCGGCGGGCCCUUUGGCUCACCGGCCAUGAGCAGCCUCAUGAGCUUCCAGCAGCGGCAGCGUCCGCGGAAGCAUCCCAAAAAGAAAGUACGCGCACCGCUCGGGCUGGGCUUCAACCUCUCGGCCGCGUCGCUGUCCAAGUCGCCACCGAGCAGCUCUGCCCAGGCUAGGAGAGAAAGCAUCAGCUGGCAGGCCAACCAACUGCACAUCUCGAGCGUGGAGGCGGAGGAGGGCGGCCGCUCCAGCGAAGGCGAUGCAUCCCAGGAAGCGCAAAAGGGCGUCCCCAAGACAAAGACCUUUGCCCGCAUACGCGCCGCCCUGCUCGAAGAAGGCGCGCCGGCCGAAGCCGAGACGCGCCGCGAGGCCGAGGUCGUCAAGCAGGUCCGCGAAAGCGACAUGGACCUCGAGCCGCGUAUUCCCGCGCAAGCGGACGCCACAGCCAGCACGUUGUCGUCGCCCAACAUGGCCAACAUUGAUGCAGACAUUCCCGAGGAGGAUAUGGGCGAGGCGAUAGGCGCGUUCAAGCACCACGCCAUCAGAAAGUCCAAAGGCAAGAACUUUUGGGACGCCUUUUCGGAGUCGAGCAGCCGCACCACGCCGCCGCCGCCCUCGUUUCUUCCGCGGGGCUCGUCUUCUGGCGUGAGCGAGGACGCGGCCAUGGACUCGCCCUCGCUGGCCGGUCCGGGGCAGGGGUCACAGAGUGGCAGCAACUCGGGCCCCAGCGCCGCUGAGAUCACGCGCCGCAUCAACAACAAGCGCCGCCGCGACGACGACCUCGAUCCCAUCAGCUUUAAGCGGCGGGCCGUGAGCCCGGGUAUGAGUGUGCACAACUCGCCGGUCCUACAGAGCCCAAUGCAGCGCGACUCUAUGGCGUGGGGCUCGCGGCCCGGCAGCACGGGGGGCGACAAGGGCAGCAGCGCGCCGAGCGACACGGGGAGCAACGGCGGCACACCCGCCAACCCGCCCGGCCGGCUCAACAGCAAGGGCAGGGUGGGCUUCCAAGGCAUGGUGGACACCAACGACGGCAUCAUGCGGAUGAGUAUCGAGUAG